AAAACCACAAUUGCAACCUUGGAACGACUGCACUUAUCCACUGUACUUGUGAAGGAGCGUUCUGAUCUUUCUCACGCCAACUUCAUAUCCUGCGACGAGUACAUCGUCUGCUCACAGCUCGCGACAGAAUCAAUUGAGACGCCGGUUUCCGAGCCAGUAGAGCCCUGGGAAUACUGAAAGAACCCAUAAUGGCUUCGAUGCCGAUGGAUCUGGACCAUCGCGAGUCGACCCCGGCCAACGGAAACUCGCUUAACAUCACGCGCUCUCUAGCAACCAACAAUACCACACCGUUGAGCGAAGUCAUAUCGUCAUUCCGCCCAACAAAGCUUUUUAAAAGAUCAGACAUCAAGGAUGGCCGUCCGCAACCCCACGUGCUGUCCCUCGACUUCGACGACCCGGGCGAGCUUCUCAUGACCUCCGAGAGCGACGAGACUAUCCAGAUUUACAGCGUGAAGGACGGUGAGCACAAGAAGAACUUGCUAAGCAAAAAGUACGGCGUUAAGCUGGCAAAGUUCACACAUACGAGCUCCAGCAUCAUCUACGCGAGUACGAAGCAAAAUGACCAGAUCCGAUACUUGGCUACCCACGACAAUUCCUUCAUCCGAUACUUCGAGGGCCACGAAAAGAGCGUCACAGAUAUUACAGUACACCCAGGAGCUGAUAACUUCAUCUCUUGUGGCCAGGACAAUACUGUGCGCCUCUGGGAUAUCUCGACGAAGCAAUGGUGCGGUCAACUGAACCUCAACUCUCCGUAUCUCGCGGCAUACGACCCGUCGGGGCAGACUUUUGCAGUCGCGUGUACGAGCAGCGGAAGCGUUCUACUAUAUGACUGCCGCAACUACGACAAGGCGCCAUUUGCGACCUUCGAUCUCGUCGACGCCGGCAGACACGUGGACUCACAGUUUGUAGUCAGGGGUUGGACGAAGCUGGAAUUUUCGAAUGACGGCAAGCAUAUACUGGUCGGCACUCGCGGCCCCGGCCACUUCCUACUCGAUGCCUUCGACGGGAGCUUGAAGGCGUACCUGCGCAAGCCCGAGGGCGGAACCCGGCGGCUGGCGGCUGGCGAGACAGCAACCACCAUCAAUGGCAGUAUGUCGAAGACGGACCAGCCCACAAUCGAAGGCAGCGGGGAUUGUUGCUUCUCUGUGGAUGGCCGUUACGUUCUGAGCGGUGGUCCGAAGGAUGUCCUGGUCUGGGAUAUCUUGACCCCGCCUCAGAACGAGACCAAGACCCUCGAUGCCACCUGGGUAUUGGAGGAAAAGCGAGAGGCGGCGGUGUUGGCAUUCAACCCGCGGUACAACUUCUUUGCGACGGCGGAUCAAGAUGUGCUGUUCUGGGUACCUGAUCCUCAUGCAUGAAGCGGUCGGUUCGUAGGAAAUUUAGAAGCUGUGAAAUGGCGGUCUGGAGAGGUCAAUGAUUUUCGGAGUCUAGGAUACAAGAUACCCAAUCCGUUGAAAAAAAAAAAAUUCGACAUCAAUGAAUUUGUUGAAACCUUGGGAA